AUGGCGUACUUUGGUCCCGGUACGAGAGUAGCAUGUCAGCCAGGGCAUAUGAGAGAUCCAAGCCUACAGUGGGACGGCCGCUUCUUUGAUCCGGAGAACUCGACAGAAAAGUGGGAUGAGUUACAUGGCGUGUGGAAGCCCUUUGGCCCGUUCGAAAGAGCACUGGACUACUUCGGAGACGGCAGUUUCUGGAUCCUCGAUGCACCCGGCCAUAUGCCUGGUAACUUGGCUGCUGCUGCAAGGCUGCAAGAUGGCGAGUGGGUAAUACUUGGCAGCGAUUGCUGUCAUUCGCGGGAUUUGCUGGACGGCACGCGAACAAUUGCGGAGUUCCAAGGCCCAGGGGCAGUGAGCAUGUCACUGCAUACAGACCUGUCUUCGGCGAAAGAAACCAUCGCUAAGAUAGGACUGCUGGAAACCAAGUUUGGUGCUCAUACAGCGCUCGCACACGAUGCUAGCUGGCUGAAGAAGGGCACAGACCAGGUGCUCAUGUCACUGCUGGACGACGAGAUGCGAGUUGCAGCCCAGGAAAAGAUACCGUAUGAUGAGAUACCGUAG